UCAAUCACAAUCACAAUCGGAAUUCAAUUUCAUUUUUAGAGAAAAAAAAAAUAAAAAAAUGUCAGGAAGAGGAAAGGGAGGCAAGGGAUUGGGAAAGGGAGGAGCUAAACGACAUCGUAAGGUUCUCCGGGACAACAUCCAAGGUAUCACCAAGCCGGCGAUCCGCCGUCUGGCCAGACGAGGAGGUGUCAAGCGUAUCAGUGGCUUAAUCUACGAGGAGACCCGUGGAGUUUUGAAGAUCUUUCUUGAGAACGUCAUCCGUGACGCCGUCACAUACACCGAACAUGCUCGCCGGAAAACUGUCACCGCCAUGGAUGUCGUAUAUGCUUUGAAGCGCCAAGGCCGUACUCUCUACGGAUUUGGUGGUUAAUAGAAGUUUAGGGUUUCUAGGGUUCUUGUUUGACACCAGAGUUUAAUUCGAAGUGAUAUUACUUGUAAUUGAAGUUCUUAAUAUAAUAUCAGAUAGCAAGUCAAUUUAUGGUUUAAA